ACGGGUCUGUAUAAAAUGAUCCAUCAUUCUUGAUUGGUUUCUAAAUUGAUUACACUUUACGCAUGCGCGUAAAACAAUUAAAAGACAGGAAGCCAAUUCAAAUAAUUUUUUAAUUGUACAUUUUGUAAUUUUUGUAAAAAUAAAAAAAUAAUUGGAAGAAAGUAUCUGAAUAGAAAAUGAAUAGGUGCAAGUGGAGCAAAUGUAAGAGUACAUUAAAAACGAACAAACAACCUGAUUCAACUAGGGAAAGAAAGAAAUGCACAAGUAAACCUCUAACAAAGCCUCAUGAAACAGAAGAUAAAGCUAUAAUUCGGAGGUUUCACGAUGCACAAAGAAUGGCUAGAUUUAGAGCUAGAAAGAAAAAGUCUUUAGAGGAAGCAAAGGUGCUUGAAACAUUAAGUUUUAAUAAGCUUUCUGUAAUCGCAAAAUUAAAUCAAAAAAACAUUACAUUUGAAACCACUAAUUCCAUCAUUACAAUAUCAAAUACAGAACAAUUUCAAACACACUUGCCUAUGCAGGAAUUACCAAUCAUUGUACAUACACCUUGUGAACAAAAUAAAUAUUCUCAGUUAUUGGCCAUUAUCAAGGAACUAGGAAAAGAUGUUAGAUUAGCAUAUGCUGGUAGUAAAAUUUCAGCAGAAAGAUUAAAAUUAGGCAUUGUACAAGCAAAAAUGCUGAUCAAAGAGUGUUUAUCAGAGAUAGAAAUUAAUUUGCAGCAAUAG